AUGAGCGUCAAAUCCGACAUUGUGGAGGUUGGCUCUGACGCCGCGGGCCAGGCUAACAGCUUGGCUCGCCACAACAACAACCCCCUGGCGCUCUCGUGGUUGUCUGAGGCGUUUCUGCACGCCAAUGACCGCUACGGGCGAAUCGCAGCCGGCAGCCCCCGCUCCGGGGUCGGCAUCCUCGGGCUCAGACUGCUGGAGCACCAUAUCAACCUCAUCCCGACCAUGCGACACGGUGCCGCGGUCCCGGUGUUCGACCACUCGGUCAACAGCCCGAAGCAUCUUGGGUGGCGGCAGAAGGUAGCGACGUGGCCGCUUUCCAAGCAGGAGGCAAUGGACAACCGUACCUUUGCUGUUUGA